AUGACUACCUCGUCGGCUCGUCUCGGAUUAAGCCUUCGGCCGUCCACCUCGCAAGGACGUGUACCGUCUAAUAUUCCACUAAUUCGGCGUCAUCAGCCCCCAGCUCAUCUCCUUCCACCCUGCCCGCCGCCCCUGUCAUCACGUUUAUCAAUUGCUUUCCCGCUUCCUAGUCUCUCAGAUCCGUCUGCCAAACGCUCACCUCAACGAGCACGGCUCAAACGCAUUCCUCCUUCCUUUGGCUCCGUUAGAAAAGUCGAUGCCGCUACAGACACAUGCGAUCUUCAUGCAAAUGUCCGCUACAUCUGCCGCCUAUGUGGCCUUAAUUGCCUCUCUGGCGACUUACUUCACGCUCACCUUCUUCUCCUCCGACACUCUUCGCUAUCUUCGCACAAUAUACUUCUUAAUUGCCGACAGUGCGGAGCUUCCUGGAGUCUUGAAGACGAAGCUGAGGAAAAGCGUUGUCAAAAUCACCCUUGCUUCUUACAGAAGGCUGCCUAUUUUAAAAACUUUCUUGCUCCUUCCAAGAGUAUUCGACAGGGCCUCCCUUUCGUGUGUCUCUUCUGCUGUGCUGAGGACACGGAAUACAAAGGCGUUUCAAAGGGCAUUUCAAGAAGACCACCUCGACGAACUACAAGGAAGACCAUACCGUUGAAACGAUGUCAAGCUAUGGCACGAUUCGCUUCUAAGCUGGAAUUAGCUGUACAUAUCUGCUAUACUCAUGAUCCGUCUCGUCAGCCCGGGAGAUGCCCUGAAUGCCGCGACUUCAUCUGGGAGAGUCGUGAACUCCCCGAAAUAGAGUUCUGGGAAGCUUCGCAGUCGUCACUGGAAUCACUCCAAUUUUCCACAGAUUCAAUUUUGUGUCGAGAAGGUCUUAAUCCGCUCGAACUGCACAUUCAAGAUGCUCAUAUGGAAAGCUAUGAAUACCUUCAGUGGUUAAAUUCAAAACGAUAUCGAGCUGUGCCUAGCGAUCUUGCUGAAAAACUCCUUAAAUCUCGCACUACUUGGAUAUAUUCUUGUCCUCUCUGCCAGUUACACCCUUUCAGUUGUCACUCCUUAAAAGACUUCACCUCUCUUCAACCCGAGAUCGGUCUUCCAAGCAAUGCUUCCCUUCAGGCACAUAUUGCUUGUUUCCAUUCUGCUGGAAGUAGCUUCCUUGAUUGGCGGUUUCAGGUCUGCGCUGUUUGCGGUGAUUGCAGUGUUGCUUCAGGGUACAAGCAUCUUCUGAAGCGUGGACACAUAGCUCACUUGAAAAAAUGCUUUUCCCGCGCCCUCAGACAAGGCCGAUUUGCCACUGUAGAGGGCUCUGAAAGUGUGGAGUGGAGGAGCACUUGCGUUCUUUGCUGGAGGCGAUUUGAAAGUGGUGGUGGAAAAGUGGAUUUAAGAUCAGAAUGUCGUCUACAAGCACAUCUUCUUACCACGCACUGUAUAUUCAACGCUGUCAAAGAUGAAGAUUUUAACGUUCUUGGUUGUGGCUGGUGUGGAAAUUUACAAAAGAUUGAAGAGGGAUGUACAAAAAGUGAGUUGCUGAUGCAACCAUCGGCAUUAAUUGCUUGA